CCAGUCCGCCCUUUAAGUGGCCAGGGGCCGUCGUUGACACUACAACAAACUCAACCCCCCUUUACGAUCCCCGCCCGACCAGGCCGGGUCGAGGUGGUCAAACGUCACAAGCGAGACAGAACAGGUACCUUCUUCUGUACCGGACAGCGGAAGGGCAUUCAGGUACAGCAGGGCGGGCACACCAGAUGGUUCAAGUACGUACCCGACUGUCAGGUCAGGUUGCCCCAGUAUCAGCACCAAUCUCGAGUGGACGGCAACCGCGUCGUUUGCAAAUCCCCAAGAGGGUUCGAAUGGAACUUUGGCUUACGGCUCAUUUUACCUGCAUGAGGGAGGGAAGGAAAAACAAUGGCAGCAAGGCGAUUUUCGAGGUGUUCAGACAUGGGUGUCUGUCAACCUCAGUGCACCUCACGCCAUCUCCAUCGUGGGACACCAUAUCCGUACAUGGCCAUUGUCACGCCGCACGUCGCAGCAUGACAACAGAGGCACGUCGCAGCACGAGCACGUCCUUUCCUCCAUGGCGAAGCUUGACUCCCUCGCUGGGCUGUAGGGCGGCCAUUCCGGGUCGAGUGUCCGGGGAGUAUUGGAAUCCCAAGCCCCAAGAGCACGGAAACUCUCUAGGGACCUCGUCCCUACCGUUCCUGGGUACGGGUGCCCUACGCAGUAGGUAUACCACACUAAUACUUAGGCGCCGGCCGAAGACAAAAUUCCACACUAUUUUUGGGGUCCCAUUCUCCAGCUCCGAGGUCCAGGGUGCACCAGGUGGGAGGGGGACCCGUUGUGCCGUUGCAAUUGGGGGCUCCCGCUGGGCGACUGAGUCGGGUCUUGGGGCCCUGGGGGAGCAUUGGAGGGGGCUUCUUGGUCUCACUUUCGGGGUCCUCUUUGCUGGGCGAGAAUGGGACUGCUGAGUGGUGAGAAUGGUGUAGGGCGGAGACCAGAGAGUGCAGGCAUUGCCGUCAUUGGGUCGUGUUUUAAAAUAAGAGGGAGGUCUGGGGGGGUCUGGAG